CAUGACUUCACAUGUAAAAAUAUACGCCAGACACGUGUGUUGUGUGUUUAUAAAGGACAGGUGAAUGGCUGAAGUAAACAGACGUUCCUCGCCGCUCCGUAAGAUGAAUGUCCUUGGUCUGCUCUGUGUCUGUGGUCUCGUGAUCCUGCCUACACCUGUACAGGCGAAAACCUGGGUAUUUGCUGUUGGCGGUAAUAGAAGACCCUGGAAUUUUAUUGGCGAUGACGGGGUGCUGAAAGGCGCGGAUCUAGAUUUGAUUCAAGCUGUGUGUGACGUGGCGAACCAGAAAUGUGCUACCACCGUCGUUCCCACAGAGGCCUGUGUACAGACCGUUAGGGGGCGCUUCUACCCCGGGGAAGGUCUGAUGGCGGGCUGGUUUGAUGCGUGCACCUCUUACGUGAGUUCAAUCGACCGUGUCAACGCGUUACAGUUCACUGAUCCGAUACGCACGACUACUUCCACAUUCACAGUUUUACAGGGAAACCCCAAAAACUUUGAUCCACUGAAUCUUCAAAUUGCAGUUAUAGUUCAUUUGAAUGGAGCUUUUACCAACGAGCAGUGCACAAUAAGAAUCGGGCUCGGGAGACCCAAGGCUGUCUUGGUGGCUGCAGGAAUAGCAGAAGCUAAGGAAUUGCUGCUUAACCGAACCGCUGACGCUUUAUUUUCACCAAGGACGACAUUUAACGACUUGGAGGUACUUCCGGGCCGUUAUAGGUGUGACGUCAGUGGCGUGGGAAUGAUGGUGAAGAAGGACAGCGAGCUUCCGGUUUGGUGGAACCCCGCCUUCCAGAAGUACUACAUGUCGGGCAGGUACAACGACGCCUGUGAUCAGAUUAACCAGAAAUAUGGAGUUGACGAUGGGGACACAUGCCAUCCAAUCAAAUCCUCAGCAGACACACGGUCGCCGCCCCUGCCCCUUCUUCUGUCGUCUGCUUCCCUUCUGCUCUUUUCCACUCAAUUUUACAAUUGGAUUUCCAGUACAUAACUGCUUACCAAGACCAACAUCUCAACAAGGAAUUGUGGGAACCGGAAGUGCUCCAAUUCGGAAACGCCGAAACCGUUUUGUCGUACAGUUUACACAAAACUAGAGGACAAAUAAUGUAGUGCGUGCGCGGACAUAGCCAUUGUAAUGUGUAGAACAAUCUAAGUCUGAAAAACGUUUGUCUCCAGUUAUUUACAAGCAGUAAUGUCUGUUCAUAUUUUGAAAAGAAGUAGUAUUGGAAUGAAUGUUCAAUUUUGUUGAUUACGUUUUGGAGCACUCUACUAUUCCAUCUGUACGAGAGAAGUCACACGAAGAUGACAUGGAACAAUGUUAAACUCUAUUGUAGUAUUAUAGUAACUUUUUUUGUCUGUGUGAAGUUAUAUAAAAGUAAUAUAUUAUAGAAAUCGGAUGAGACACAGCCAAACGAGCAAUUGUGGCAAUAUCUUAUUCUAUGUGAGUGUAGAAUCUCUUUAUGAUAGAUCUGAGUCAUGAUAGACAACUCUGACAAUUUUCUGACCAGAAGUUACCCAUAUAUAUACCAAGAGUUGUCGUUCGUUCUAUGCUCGGUUCACAAAUAACGAAUGAAGAUGAAUGGUACAACUUGAAUGUAGAAAAUAAAGUAAAACAAAUAAACAAUACACAACUUCAUCAUUUAGCACAUUCAAAAUCUUAAUAAUGUUUAAAUUCGUAUCAAUAACACUGUGAUUGUAUGAGUUUAUUCAGUCUUAGCUUUGACCGAGUGACAAUGAACGGUGCUGUAACAACGUCUGACCAGUGUUGUCUAUUCUUUUUUUCCGUCUCAUUUGAUGUUUGAUUUAAUUCUAAAAUGUUUUUAUGGAUUUUUUUUUAUAAUUCUGCCAUAUUAAAUUACAGUCUUCGAGGGAAAAUGUGUUCUUAUUAAUUAUAAUUAUUUGUAAACUUCAGUAUAAAAUUAAAAAAAUCUUCCUGUGUUUUUCUUCAUUGGAGAAGUCUCUACUAUUCAUUUGAUAUAUUUAUAUUCAACAUACAAAACAAAACUUCACAACCAUUAAUGUACACUUGCUUCUAUGAUAAUAUUGAAUUUUUCAACAUGUUCUAUAUCUCUGUG